AUGGUGUUGUCCUACAUCCUCAUCCAAAACCGGCAGGGCAAGACGCGCCUGGCCAAGUGGUAUGCGCCGUACAGCGAUGAAGAAAAAGUCAAGUUAAAAGGCGAAAUCCACCGUCUUAUUGCGCCGCGCGAUCAAAAGCACCAGUCCAACUUUGUCGAGUUCCGGAAUACAUCCAAGAUCGUGUAUCGCCGGUACGCAGGGCUGUUCUUCUGUGCAUGCGUCGACACCAACGACAACGAGCUUGCCUAUCUCGAGGCCAUCCACUUUUUCGUCGAGGUUCUGGACGCGUUUUUUGGGAACGUCUGCGAGUUGGAUCUGGUGUUUAAUUUCUACAAGGUCUACGCGAUUCUUGACGAGGUGUUCUUGGCCGGGGAGAUCGAGGAGACGAGCAAGCAGGUGGUAUUGACACGCCUGGAACAUUUGGACAAGCUGGAGUAA